UGGGGGGUAGUGGGAGGGCUACCGGGGAUUGUGGGCAUUGGAAGGCUCAAAGUAUUGCGGGAGAAGCAGUUUUCUACUUGUUGAAAUGACAAAACCAGCGUUUACAUCAUUGUAGAAUAACCGUAAACAAAGCCCAACGCGCAGCAAGAUGUCUCUGCAGCGGUGCUGCGGGUGGGAACGACUGCCCCAGAGAUGAGCCGUUGCACGGGAGCAGAAAGCAGAAGUUGCGGGCGAGGACGGUAUGCAGAGUUUAGCGUUUAGAGUUUGCGCAGCAGGGGAAGAAUAUUUUCCAGAAUUCCAGCAGAAUGAAAGUAAAUGGAAAAUUAUCUAUCAGUUGGGAGGUGAUUUCUGCAUAGAAUAGAAGAUACGGAAUUACGCAGGACUUAGUGGAGAGAGCUUUUAAAGGUUUUGAAGUUUUAGUAUAAGCAAUUCAUCCUACACACGCUCCCAGAACUCAUCGAUAUGAUUAAAUGGUGCUCAGUAAGAGGUAUAUAUUAAAGCAACUGCACUUAUGAAUAGGUACUUUGUAAUCAGAGUUCUUCAAAUCUCUCAUUUUUUUAAAUGACGCCAGAAAAGUUUGGCUGCUUUCCAAAUUACUGGGUACUCUUGGGAGAGAGCAAUACAAACAGCUAGUUACAAGACUACAUUGCUUUUUUUAUAUACAUGAAAGUUUUAUAAACAAGAACAAAAAGGCUGCAUUUCCCCAACAUCAGAGACUGGUGAAAUAUUUCUGCACCCGCAGAAAUCCUGUUGCCUCUCUCUUCCAGGAAAACUAGAAGAAUGGUCUUAGGUGCAGAACCUCGGUUUUAUUUCUCCUAAGGGAUGUUUGAGAUUUGUCUUGUAGAAAGCCAACAGUCUUUGCUUUGCUGGGAAAAGGCGUGUUUAAGUAAUGCCUUACCUGGUGUGAAGAUCUAAGAGAGCUUUCUGUCUGCAUAAGGCAUAAAAGAAAAUGGAAGAAGAUGAGACUUUAAAAGGUGAAAUUGAGAUGGCAAAUGUUGAAACACAUGUUACUCCUGAGGUCGGUCGGCAGAUAUCAGUUAGUGAGUUCCUUUGCCACUGCUGUUAUGACAUUCUGGUCAAUCCUACCACCCUGAACUGUGGGCAUAGUUUCUGUAGACAUUGCCUAGCCUUGUGGUGGGUAUCGUCCAAGAAGAAUGAAUGCCCCGAAUGCAGAGAAAAAUGGGAAGGAUUCCCCAAAGUCAACAUCCUCCUCAGGGAUGUUAUUGAAAAGCUAUUUUCUGAUGCCAUUGAACAAAGAAAAGAAGAUAUUCAACAAGAUGGUGAUGUAGCGCGCAGCUUAGCAACCUUCCAAAAAUACGGGAAUGACCAGAUCCCUACAGUUCCAAACACAGGAAGAAUUAAUCCUCGAGGAGGAGGGUUUUUCUCAGGCGUUCUGACAGCUUUAACUUGUGUAGCAGUAGUUCUACUUGGAUAUCACUGGAGUAGCAGAGAAUUUGAAGAAGAUCAUCUUGUCCACAAGUCUGUUGCUAAAUGGUCUGCUGAGGAAGUGAUACUUUGGCUAGAGCAGCUGGGCCCAUGGGCUUCCAAUUAUAAAGAAAGAUUUUUACUGGAGAAAGUGAAUGGAAGACUCCUUCUAACGCUGACAGAGGAGGAUUUCACAAAAGAGCCUUACAGUAUAGAGAACAGUAACCAUAGAAAAGCUAUCAUGGCAGAACUGGAAUUUGUGAAAACUUUAGGUGUUAAACCACCACAGAAUCUUUGGGAAUAUAAGGCAGUAAAUCCAGGAAAAUCACUCUUUCUUCUGUAUGCACUGAAGAGUUCUCCAAGACUCAGUAUGUUAUACCUAUAUUUGUUUGAUUACACAGAAGCUUUCCUACCUUUCAUCCACACAAUUUGUCCUACACAAGACAAGUAUGAAGAUACUGUCACAAAACUACUAGACCUUAAAGAUCCUUCUUGGAAACAGUGGAGAGAAUUCAUUGUAAAAUAUAUAUUUUUGCCCUACCAGUUGAUAGCUGAAUUUGCUUGGGAUUGGCUAGAUGUGCACUACUGGACAUCAAGAUUUAUAAUUGUAAAUGCCAUGUUGCUGUCUGUUCUGGAAUUAUUCUCCUUUUGGAGGCUCUGGUCAAGAAGAGAAUUAAAGACUAUUCCUCACAGUAUGUGGAGACAUUUCUGGAAAGUCUCAACCCAGGGUCUUUUUGUUGCCAUUUUUUGGCCUUUUAUUCCUCAGUUUGUCUGCAAUUGUUUGUUUUACUGGGCCUUGUACUUUAACCCAAUUAUAAACAUUGAUCUUGUGGUUAAAGAAGUAAGGCGUCUGGAGACACAAGUGCAGUGACUGGCAUUGGAACUUUUGAGCUGUUUAGCUUCUAAAAAUGGACAUUUGAAGUAAGCUUUGGUUUUCUUCUUUAUAUAUGUGGCAGUGAAAUUGGUGGAUUAUGUUAACUUGAACAUACAAAAAAAGCCUUAAGGUAAGUUACUGUUAAACCAUCUGAUUCCAACUCUGAGGAUGGACUUUAUUAUCUGAAAGGAAUUUUAUAUUGGGGAAAAAAAUUACAUUCCUAAUUUAGCCAUGUAAAACUUACGUCACCCUAUUUUUAAUCAAAUCAAAUCUUCUGUAAUCUGUCUUGACCAUUCUGGUUAUUUUCAAGCCUGCCUUAAAAUCAGUGUCUUCGGAACGGCUAUAGUGAUUUUUUUUUUUUUUUUUUUUUUUUUACUUAGCAUUUCAUACCAGCAAGCAUGUUCCUCAACUUAAGUUUUCCAAAGGAAGGCUCUUCCUGGAUAGGCUUGAUAUGGAAAGUACUUAAGUGUUUUCAGUCUGCUUUACAUGUAAAGUUGUGACUGUCAAAUAUACAGUCUCACAGUAGUUUCUUCAAAAAUUCCCCUGCUGGAGGCAAAGGCUGCAUGUGAUUUCUUGUAUUUUGGAAAAUGGGAUGUGAUCGCCGUACAAAAUUUUUUAUUCAGGUCAGUUAGACUUCACCAACAGCUUCUUUAAUGCUAUCCUCUUGAUGUUUGAUGCUAAUGCCUAAAUUCAGGGUUAUCCCUUAAAAGGAUUAUUUUGGAAAAGUGACCUGACACUGUAAUUACAUCUUCCUGCAACACAAUGUGUGUAUAUAGAUCUGUGGGUGAAUAUUGACUGGAAGUUAUUUUGUAUAAACAGUAUCGCCAUUUGUUAAUGUAUGGCUUUUGACUGAAGCAAAAUUUAGGUUUUUCAAGAGCUUUGCCCCCUGGCAUUCUACAUUGUUUUUGAUUUUGUUUUCAUUUGUAUCAUUAAUACGAACUUUAAGUUUGCCUAUGAAUAUUUUUAAAGAUUAAAGAUCUCUUCUAAAAUCUUCA